GCGUUCUCCACUUUCUCGUUUUGUUGUUACCAAAGUUGCAAAGUAUGUACUCACUUCUCAUCAUUGUUUAGCUUUUAAAAAUUUCGGUGUUAGACGGUUUAUCCCCGGAAACAAAGGUUGCAGCUGGAAUGGCACACGCAAUGACAUCAGUUGUGAGCUUCGGGCGCCGAGGCGCCUUAGGCCAAAUCAGCCAACGCUGGAAGAAAGUGCUGGCCAGGAGUGAGCUGAGCGACGUGGAGUUCGCCGUCGGACGCCAGUUUGGCGAAGUGAAGAUCUUCCGAGCCCACAAGUUGACAUUGAGCGUUAGCAGCGACGUAUUCCAUACCAUGUUUUACGGGAGUCUGCCACAAGGCACGGACACGGCCAUCGACAUCCCCGAUGUCCCUCCCGACGCCUUCUCCAACAUGCUCAGUUUCAUCUACGCGGGUGCGGUGGAAAACAUGCGACAGGAGAAUGCCGUGCCGACUCUUUACUGCGCCGACAAGUACGAUUUACCGUGGCUGGCCGAAGCGUGCACUGACUUCAUCCUCGGGCAGCUGAAGCCUGAUAACUGUUUGGUGUAUCUGGAAAAUGCGCUGCGCUGGACACCGCAGUAUGAUGCUCUCCUGGAGGCGUGCUGGGAUGUAGUGGAUGCGUCCAGCGGAGCCGUUUUCCAAUCGGAACACUUUAGCAGCUUGGAACGGUCGACGCUCGAAGCGAUCCUGCAGCGUAACACGCUGUCGGCAGUGGAGAACGUCAUCUACACCGCUGUCGAAAGGUGGGCGGCGGCCGCGUGCGCUCGCAAGAAUCUGUCUCCUUGUCCAAAGAAUCGCCGCCGGAUGUUGGGUCCCGCUUUGUUCCUUGUGCGCUUUCCGCUGCUGACCGACUCUCAACUGGCUGACGGACCCGUGAAGAAUGGUCUCCUCCACCCGAAAGAGACCUGCAAAAUUUUUCAACGCAAACAUUCCACUACUGCCGAUGAUAAAGGUCCGCUGGAGUUUUCCGCGGAAUCCCGCAAAUAUCCAACGUUUCGCUUACGGGGUACACAUUUCCGGUUCAAACCACAGGAGAAGAUUUUCAUCUUGGACAUCAAUGGCGACUGGUAUGCGACCCUGGUCAUCUGCGAAACCGCAUGUGCCGGGCGUCUCUCACCUAUUGCGAAGCAAGAAGGCGGAAGCCUGCAAAAGGCUAUGCCAGUUCAAAUCAUACGGGCGGUGGAUAUUCUGAAGCGUGAUUUCCCCGUGCUGGCGUUCAUCGACGGGGCGUUCAAGGCAGCGACGUACGUCUCACAGCGUUCCGGUCGACAUCUGGUUAACAUCGCCGGUCGCGAAUGUAGUGUGCAGUUUCUGCAGCUGAAGAUUGCCAGUAAGGAGGUUGAUGAGUGGAGAGCGGCGCAAUCGGCCAAAAACUAG